AGUGCAGCUGGCCGGGCCAACCAGAGAGAGAGUUAAACCUUCUGUAGUUCCUGCGUUGCCUUGUUUUCAUCGACACCUUUACAGGGUCAAAGAUGGACCUUGUGCUAAAUGUUGCAGACUAUUACUUCUUCACUCCAUAUGUGUAUCCCUCAUCAUGGCCUGAGGACGAGCCUCUGCGACAGAUCAUCGGUUUGAUGGUGGCCACUAACCUGGGGGCUGCUAUCUUGUAUCUAGGCCUGGGUGCUUUGAGCUACUUUUUCAUUUUUGACCAUAAAUUAAUGCAACACCCUCAAUUUUUGGAGAAUCAGGUACAGCGAGAAAUAAAGUAUGCAUUGUGGUCUUUGCCCUGGAUUAGUAUACCUACAGUAGCGUUGUUUUUCACUGAGGUCAGAGGGUACAGCAAACUAUAUGACAACGUCGACGAGUCGCCACUUGGUUGGCCAGGGCUGAUUUUCAGCAUGGUGUCUUUCCUGUUUUUUACUGAUAUGUGUAUUUACUGGAUUCACAGAUUCCUUCACCACAAGUUGAUAUAUAAGUAUUUUCACAAACCUCACCACAUUUGGAAGAUUCCGUCUCCAUUUGCCAGCCACGCUUUCCAUCCUGUGGACGGAUUUCUCCAGGGCCUCCCCUACCACAUCUACCCCUUCUUCUUUCCUUUACACAAGGUUCUGUACCUAGUCCUGUAUGUGUUUGUCAAUGUAUGGACCAUUUCCAUCCACGAUGGUGACUACCGCGUGCCCAACCUGCUACAAAUUGUCAUUAAUGGUUCAGCUCACCACACAGACCAUCACCUCUUCUUUGACUACAACUACGGGCAAUAUUUUACCCUGUGGGACCGCAUCGGAGGCUCCUACCGUUACCCUUCAGCUUUAAUGGGAAAAGGGCCACACGACUGCAUCAAGAAGUUAACGGCAGAAGGAAAGCUGAACUCAAAUGGCAUUAAUGGGCAUAAUAAUAAUAAAAACAGCUCUCAUGUCAAGAAAGAGUAGGUGGACAUGUAAAAGCAGCACAAAUGAUUUUCAAGGUAAGCGUUCAAUGCUUAAAUUUCUUUUUUGGGGGGAAAGGGCUUAAAAUAUUCUGCAGAAAGCGUCUUUCUAUAAGGACUCAUCAUUGAAAUUAUCAGUUGUGGAUAAAAUGUGUUUAUUCUUGCCAAAUGGAAACAAGCAACAGUAUGUCCAUCAUUGCCAAAUAGAAACGUUUGCCAUGUCUUGUAACUUAAUAUGAAUUAAAUUACUAUUUACUGGCUUCUGUCAAGUAGGCAUCUAUAAUUGUGCUGUCAUGCUGGCAGGACUCUAAUUGUAAUACACCUGACUCAACCUUUGCAAUAAAACGCAAUCUUAAAAGUAAACAAGACUUUCUUGAAAGCUCAGUUUGUCUAUAAACUGAUCAAUGUUUUAAAGACCCGUCUUUACAUUACAUUGUAAAGGUUUAGCUGAUCACAGUUAUCUAGUUUUUAAAAUGAAAAUGUAAUCCAUGGUCUGCUUUUGAUAUGAAUUGCAUGUUCUCUCCGAAGAAAAGAUUAUGUUUGUCACUGGUGUCGCAUUAUUGUUGUGUAUUCACAGUGCAUUCGAUUAAUCACUAGCUUCCAUAUGACAGAAAAUACACGUAGUCUGUUAUUUUAUGUCCGCAUAUUUAUUAUUGACUAAGCAGCCAUGUUAUAAGUGGGGUAAUACACAGUCACAAGAACUCCUUUGACAUCAAAUUUCUCACCUCCCAGGGGUUUAUAAAGACUGGCUGGCUGUAUAUAAUGAUAGUGCUGUGGUUUUUAAUGACUGAUUGUACAUUGCCCUUACUUAUUCUCCACUGACUGACAGACACAUUGGCUGGUGCAAAGAAAGUCCAUUGUUUAUGGUGGACUUUGGAUACUGAACCUUGAGUUUUAUUUUCCUUUUUUAGCAUAGCAACAGUAUACACGUGCAUCAUCUGACAUACAGAGGGAGCUGUUGUAUCAAAAUUGAUAGCCAGUUGUGUUUUGUACAAAGGAGAUGCAUCUUUUCAGAGCAAAUUAAAUCAUUUCAAUAGUUUGACUAGCAGAUAAACGGACAGUUAAAAGGGCAGCAAAACAAGAAUUUAUAUAAACGGUUUACUUACUACAUAGGUCAAUUAAAAGAUAAGUUCAUUUCUUUGUUAACAAGGCUUGAUGAAGCUAAUCAUACAGCAAUCAUACAGCUAAUCAUACAACUUCAUUAAACGCAAACAAAAAAUAAAAUGAGUCAUAUUUAUUCUUUAUUAUUUAAAUUAGGAGAGACUCAUAGGAGAGAAAGUCAUGCAUUGUGAGGUAAAUUUAAUUCAUGGUCAUGUUAAAAAAACAUUUUUGCAAGCUAAUAAGUGUCUAUGGCAACUGUUUUAAUUUUUAUGAUUAAUACAUUUACACAAAGGUUAUGACAGGGGAUUAACACAAGAACUAAGAUGUAACCUUGGAUGCACAUUUGCACAUUUUUAAACUGAGUUGUAUGUGUCUAUUGAAGCUGAACGAUUGCCUUUGAUCUAUUGAAUACAGUAUUUUACCACAAAAGUCAUCCAUUUGCAUUAAAACAGCCGAGUAUACGCGAAAAACAUAUUUGUUACGGUUAUAUAGGCCUAUCGCUGCUGUCCUUCUUAAACCUCAUAUUUCAUGAUAUUUCUUUUUGUCAUAAAUCAUGAUUAUCAGUCACCCUUUAUGUUUGUCACCUGCGUUUUGCAAAGAUCUACCCAAUAAAAAGUAUUAAAAAGUGCUUGUCAACUUUGAUAACACAGUAUUUAAUCAGU